CAUUUGCCUUACGAGGUCUGUACCUUUCUUCGUCGGUGAGCAUCAUAAGAGGUUUUUUUUUUGCACCAACAGACGCAUUUUCCAACAUAAAGGAGGGAAAAAUAGGUAUUUUUGCAAAUUUCGGACAAGUAAAGUGGUAUUUGGGCAGUUAAAAAUGUGUCCCUUACAUCCCUUAAUGGUUUGAUAAUUGUGCAAAGUGGAGAUUAGCACUUUGGUAUAAGGAAACAGAAGUGAAAACUUUAAGGUCAAUGUAAAGAAAAUUUUCCACAAAGCCAGAAAGCACGCGUCAUUAUUGCACAGAAGAAAAAGACCUGAAAACCAACAUUUUUGUACAUUAUUAAGUUUUUGUUUUUUUUACAUAAAAAGAUGGAUGUCUCUCAACCCCCGCCUCAACUGACGGCUCCCUCACACUUAGCCACCAACAUAAGUGUGCCGCCGCCUAUGCCUGGCUCACAUGGCCACUACAGACCACACUAUCACCAUGGCCACCAUGGCAAUCCCAAUAAACCUUAUUUCAAAACAUUUGGCUCGGGAGGCUUUCAGAGACCCCAUCAAAUGACACAGGAUGACUUUGAUGGCAAACGUCUGAGAAAAAGUGUUAUGCGAAAGACUGUAGAUUAUAAUGCAGCCAUAGUAAAGAAAUUGGAUGCCCGCCUAUGGCAAAGAGACUAUAGAGACCGCUUUGCUUUGCAACCAGAAAGCAUAUAUGUGCCAGAACUUUUGCCUCCUUCCAGUUAUCUAGAUAACCCCUCGAAUGCUGUUACCACAAGAUUUGUUAAAACUGCCACAAAUAAAAUGCGUUGUCCUAUCUUCACCUUGGCCUGGACGCCGGAAGGUAGGCGUUUGGUUACCGGAGCCAGUUCUGGGGAAUUCACAUUAUGGAAUGGUCUUACCUUUAACUUUGAAACCAUCUUGCAAGCCCAUGAUACCUCGGUGCGCACAAUGGUAUGGUCCCACAAUGACAGUUGGAUGGUGACCGGCGAUCAUGCAGGCUAUGUCAAGUACUGGCAAUCGAAUAUGAACAAUGUGAAAAUGUUCCAAGCCCACAAGGAAGCGAUUAGGGGAAUAAGUUUCAGUCCGUCGGAUAAUAAAUUUGUCAGCUGUAGCGAUGAUGGUACAUUGCGUAUUUUCGAUUUUCUCCGAUGCCAAGAAGAAAAAGUUCUGCGAGGUCAUGGUGCUGAUGUAAAAUGUGUCCACUGGCAUCCACAAAAAGGUCUAAUAGUUUCAGGCAGCAAGGAUAAUCAGCAGCCCAUUAAAUUAUGGGAUCCAAAAAGUGGUUCGGCUUUGGCCACACUGCAUGCACAUAAAUCGACUGUGAUGGACUUGAAAUGGAAUGAUAAUGGCAAUUGGCUGAUAACAGCAUCCAGAGAUCAUUUACUUAAACUAUUCGAUAUAAGAAACCUCAAGGAAGAAGCUCAAGUUUUUCGAGGUCAUAAAAAGGAAGCAAGUUCUGUGUCUUGGCAUCCGAUUCAUGAAGGUCUAUUCAGUUCUGGGGGUUCAGAUGGUUCCAUAUUGUUUUGGAAUGUGGGAACCGACAAAGAAAUUGGCUGCGUGGAAACUGCCCAUGACAGCAUUGUCUGGACCUUGGCCUGGCAUCCUUUGGGUCAUAUCUUGUGCUCCGGUUCCAAUGAUCAUACCAUAAAGUUCUGGACCAGAAAUCGCCCUGGUGAUCUGAUGAGAGACAAAUACAAUUUGAAUACUUUGCCCGCCAGCUUGGCUGCUCUCGAUGAUGGUGAAUAUGAUGAUGCGAUUAUACCCGGCAUGGGUCCCGAAGACAAAGUCGAAUUUACCGAAAGUCUGACAGCCGAUAAGGGCUUCAUUCCCGGUCUUGAUUUGGACCCCUCUAAGAAUUCCUCACGUGAUCAGGAGAAGAAGGUUCCUUAUAGCAAACCCAUACCCAGAAACUUUCAAGUACAAUGGGCUGGUCCCCGCAGACCCGAUGACAUGGAUGAUGACAACUAUAGUGUACGUGAUAGGCGCCAGGACAACAGUGGCCUAACGCCUCAACAAGUUAGUGAAAAUUGCAUAGAAGCCAUGUUGGCCAGUGGCGUGCUGACCACCAUGGAUCCCCAGGCUAUUGUGGGCAUUUUAGUUUAUGGACGUUUCAUACGCGUCCAUCCCGAUUCAAGACUUAUGCUGGCCGUGAGGCAAGGACCUGACUAUUUAAACAAUUACAUAGAUGCUGGUAAAUUAGAGGAAUUGCGAGAUGUGGUGCCGGCACGAGACAGAUCGAGUUCUAUGUCACCUACCUUGGAGGGGCGAGAGAGUUCGCCACCCUCAAAGAAAAGUCGUUUCGAGCCGCGGCAACACAAUCCUUUGGCUGUGUUUGUUAAGGAAUUGCUGAGUCUAAAGAAACCCUUCCUGCCUUGUUUGCUCAACAUGAAAGCUCAGCCCCCAUCAGCAGAUGGUUCAAGCUCGCCACAACACAACAAUAAUAAUAACAAUAACAACAACAACAACUUUCAGUCUUCAAGUCAAGGGCCCUGGGGCGGUAGUAAUAACUCAUCUUGGAAUAACCACAAUGGCUUUAACAACAACAAUGACAAAAGUAAUGAUGGCUUUUCCAAUCAACAGAACUCCAAUUCGCAUAAAAACUCCAACUCCAACAGUAGCAACAACCAAAACACCAGCAAUAGCAGUAAUUCGAAUAGACGUAACCGCCGCAACCGUGGCGGUAACAACAAUGAUAGCGGUGGUGGUGGUGGUGGCGGUGGCGGUGGAAGUCGUAACCGAGGUCGUAAUAAUCGUCGAUUUUAGAUAUUAUUCCCCCGAUUGUGAUCUCUACGCGUUCGGCCCCUCCCCCACAAUAGUGUUAGAUGAGUUAUUUUCCCUAUACCAAGAAAACAAAAAAGGAAAACAAAAUGUUAACUUCCACUGCUACUAAUAUGACACUGUGAAUACUAACUGAAUGAUGUUUGAAAAUGUUUAAGGAAGAAAAUCUGAAAUCUUGUUCCAAUAAACCCUGUAAUGCUGUUGUAGCCAAA